UAUUCGACUAAUUCAAAUUUCAUCAAAGUUGUUCAACUUCAUAACCGUUUAAAAUGGUUAACGAAGGUAUAUGAUGAAGUCUCGUUUUUCAAUCCUAGAAAGAAUCUUACACCAAAAGGCAUCAAGUUAAUCAAUCUUACACCAAAAGGCAUCAAGUUAAGCAAUGUAAAACAAAAGCUACCUAGCUAUCUCAUGUCAAAACCCUUUUUUUCUUUUAGUUAAAACCCCUUCUUUGUUCAACAUCAAUUGUAAAUAAUAGAGAGCAGAUGUUUUUGGGGUUGGCACUUUGUCUCCACUCUUCCCCCAAUUAUGCCAAAAGCCCAUUCCCUUCCCUUUUAACCUAUUAUUCCUCCAUUUCCCAUCCCUUUCAAACUCUCACCUCCCAUCUUAAAUGUUAUCUACCCGCUAAACUCAACUCAUCUCAACUACCUUCCAAUUAUUCUCGCUCGACAACGUUUCUCGCUCGACAACGUAACUAUUGGUGCUACCGAAAUGUGGAAUCCUAACCAAGCUCAUCAAGACGAGGAUGAUGAUUCAUGGGAGAUUAGAGCUUUUGCAGAAGACACCGGAAACAUUAUGGGCACAACUUGGCCCCCUAGGUUUUAUAAUUGCACAUUUUGCGGACGAGAAUUUAGAUCUGCCCAAGCCCUAGGUGGUCACAUGAAUGUCCACCGUCGCGACCGUGUACGUUUCCAUCACCAAAUCCAACCCAACUCAAUUCAACCCAUCUCACCGUCUUUCACCAUCCCUACCCCUAAACUCAUCUACAAUGAAAUUGACGAGGUUUGUUUCUUAUACCAACUACCGAACGACAACAUCAAUUUCCUCAACUCCAUCACUUCAUCAGAUUCAUGUCUCCAGUCAUCCUUCACUGCACAACAUCCUUCGAGCACUCGAACCGCGUCGUCCUUGCAAUCCCUAAAGUCUCCAGGAGAGCUUCGAGGUGGAACGUCGAGCUCCUCGUCUCACUGCAGCCACAUAUCUAGCAAAGGAGAUGACUCAUUAAUAUCAAUUAAUGAUGGAAAUGAGAAGGUGGAUCUUGAGUUAAGACUUGGUCAUAGGGCAUCUCCAACUUGAGAAUCAAAGGAAGAGAGAGAUUGAUCAUGAAGUGGAAAUAGUUAAAAACUAGCCCCCUUUAAGUUUUAUCAUGAAGAAGUAAUGGUAAGAACUAAUUAGAAGAGAGAUGAGAGGAGGGAAAGUGUAAAAUUAGGGUUUUAAAGAAAGACAAGGCAAAAGCUAGCAAAUCAGUGAAAUGUCAUUUUCAGUUUGCAUAGAUUUCUGAGUAAUUGAAAAGCUUUAAUUUCUCUGGGCAUUUAUCUCCAUGGGGAUUGUUCUA